GUAUGAUUUGCAGAUAACUAAAACAUGGUGAGAAUUGAGAAACAAUACCAACCACCAUUUGUACGAAAUGACUUGGAUCAUAAAUCCAAUUUCAUGAGCUCAGAAUCAAUGAGUGAAGCAAGCAUAAACCAAACUUGAAUUAUUGUGAACAAACAAACGCGUUCUCAUCUAUUUUUUGGGGUCCAUACUCUCAAACACCAAGCUCCUUUUGCAAGUGCCAGAACGUGGUUUAAGCAUAACACCCCACGUUGCUUGUUUCGCUUCUUUAGUACCACGACAAGUUCCAAGGUUGUGUUCUUGAGAGCUUGAGAUUAAGCUCUUAUCAAAGUUCGUUUCUUUAAGGAAAACUCAAUCUGGGUCGUUCAUUUUUUUUAAUCUGUUCUCUUCUGUACAUUGAUAAACAAGAACUAUGAGCAAGAGCUUGAAACUAAGAUGGUUCAUGGAUUUUAAUGGAGUUUUGAGGUUUGCCGUGGUGGUGUGUUUGUUACUUCAAAACUUUGGCUUGUGCUACACUUUGAAUGAAGAAGGUAAAGCUCUUUUGAAGUUGAGGGAGAGAAUAGUGAGUGACCCUUUUGGUGCUUUGUCAAAUUGGUAUGAUGAUGAAGCAGUUUUUGACCCUUGUAAUUGGUUUGGUGUUGAGUGUUCAGAUGGAAGAGUAGUGGCCUUGAAUCUGAAAGAUCUUUGCCUUGGAGGAACUCUUGCACCUGAGUUAGUCAACCUUGUUCACAUAAAGUCCAUUAUUUUUAGGAACAACUCGCUCUCCGGCAUCAUCCCCAAAGAAAUUGAAGAGUUGAAAGAGUUGGAGGUUUUGGAUUUGGGAUACAACAACUUGAGUGGACAUAUACCUAUUGGUCUUGGGAGUAAUAUCUCAUUGUCAAUCCUUUUGUUGGACAACAAUGAGUUUCUUGUGAGUUUCACCCCCGAAAUCGAUGAACUGAAGAUGCUUUCAGAAAGUCAAGUAGAUAAAAAGCAGCUAGUUGAUGCAGCUAAAAGGCCUGCUUGUACAACAAGAUCCUUCUCAUGGCAUGUAAAUGUUGAUCAAAACACUGGUAUCAGGAGUCUACUGCAAAGUCCUAAAUCGAAACACUUUCAUGCCGGGGAAGAUAGCUAUAAUCGUGUAUAUAAUCAACCACUUAGUAGCCCUGCUUCAUCACCAGAUUCCCCUAGACAAAAUGCUUCUAAUCCUCCUCCUUCCAAGUCUAAAGUAGCAUCUAGAAGUUCCAAUUUGAAAAAUCAUCGAGUUCCAGUUGAGAUUGGAGUCAUAGGUGGUGCUGCAUUGCUUCUUAUUACAUGCAUUGGAAUAUUUCUCUGCAAGAUCAACAAGGUGACUAAUGUUAGACCUUGGGCUACAGGACUAAGUGGACAGCUUCAGAAGGCAUUCGUAACCGGUGUGCCAAAGCUAAAGAGAACAGAGAUUGAAGCAGCAUGUGAAGAUUUUAGUAAUGUAAUUGGUACUUCACCCAUUGGCACAAUGUAUAAAGGGACUUUGUCUAGUGGUGUUGAAAUUGCCGUAGCUUCUGUUUCGGUAACAUCAUCAAAGGAUUGGUCAAGGAAUUUAGAAGCACAGUUUAGAAACAAGAUAGACAUGUUAUCCAAAGUGAACCACAGGAAUUUUGUCAAUCUGAUUGGCUAUUGUGAUGAAGAGGAGCCUUUCACCAGAAUGAUGGUUUUCGAAUACGCCCCAAAUGGAACACUAUUUGAGCAUUUACACAUAAGAGAAGCUGAGCGCUUGGACUGGGAAACAAGACUUCGAAUCGCGACCGGGACAGCUUACUGCCUACAACAUUUGCACCAGUUGGAACCUUCUAUGACUCUUACCAACCUGAAUUCUUCAGUUAUCCAUCUAACCGAGGACAAUGCUGCGAAAAUCUCAGACUUUAGUUUCUCAUAUGAAACAGCUUCAGCUGAGACAAAGUCUUGGGGCAAAAGACACAUUGACAUGGCACCAGCAACACUUGAGAGCAAUGUUCAUAGCUUUGGUACCAUGCUAUUAGAAAUGGUAACAGGAAAGCCUUGUUAUUCUGUGGAUAGUAUUAAUGGCUUGAUUGAGAAUUGGGCAACACACUAUCUUGAAGGUGACAAAGCACUCAAAGAAGUGGUGGAUCCAACACUAGCAUCUUACCAAGAGGAUCAGCUAGAACAAGUUGCUGCAUUGAUCAAAUGUUGUUGCAACUCUGAAUCAGAGAAGAGACCAACAAUGAAACAAGUGAGUGUGAGGUUGAGACAGAUAACAAAACUAGCACCUGAAGCUGCAGUUCCAAGGCUUUCUCCACUUUGGUGGGCUGAACUUGAGAUUUCUAAUGCAGAUGCAAUAUGAAAUCAGUUAACUCACAAGAGUAAUCAUAGCUAUCACUUGUAAAUUGAUACUUCAAGGUAUCUAUUAGGAAUGUUGCAAAUCACAUGUAUAUAAUGGAGAUCAAAAAGUGGUAAAUUUUGUUAAGUGUAGUUUGUGGAACUGAACAAAGAAAUUAGCUAUUACCUACGAAAUAUGGACACUUAGCUGAGUUGCUGUA